ACUCACUCUACCCAGGGUACAGCAUCCUCCCGAUUGCUGUUACCUGGCAACUUACCGAUACGUUUGGGCGCCAUUCAACCUUGAAAAUGACCCUAUAUCAGAUUCCCACGGAAUCCUUUGAUGAGGCCAGGACUGCGCUCACGUCCGAACUCGGUAAAAUUGUAGAAGAUCACUAGGCUUCGACGGCGCCUUUCAAGUGUGCGGAGGUCGGUAUCAAGGUCCAGCUGUCGAGGCGUGACUGUCAAGGAUCGAGAGGGUGGUAAGCAGCAAGGCAGCUGACGUGGGCGUGAUCUCACGAUCUGCUCAUGCGAAGAAACGCCAUCUCCGUCUUGAGCUUGCAGCUCGUCCCCUUGGCCAUACCUUGGCCGAGUCUCCGCGCUGUCACCUGGGCAUGGUGUCUCACGGCAGAAGGAGCUCUUCGUGCAUGGCUGAUGUCGACGUGUCAGUUUGGUCGGUUCAAGCAAUUAACAUGAACGACGAUACACCGCUACCCUAUGGAGGGACUGUCGCCCACCCCUCUCUUCUCCAGACAACCCACAGCGGGUUCGCUGAUCAAGAUCCUACGCGCAACCACCACCGCCAUUCCCAACAGAACGGUGUAUCUGUGCGUUGUGUGUUACACGGCAGCCGUCAGUUGAAGGAGGUUAUCGCAACUGCGAGCGAACUUCUCUCAUGGAGAAGGAGAGACCAC